UAUAGUGUGAAAAUGCAUCCUGGUAGUUGCAUUAAAUCGCACCUGUUGAUGAUGAAUCUGAAGUUCCAAAAGGCAAAUCUACUGGGAAUUGAUUUAUCAAGAGAACAAUGGGUCCAACUUAUCCUCAAUAGUCUUCCUCCGGAGAAUAAUGAAUUUGUAAUCUCUUACAUGAUCAACAAUUCUAACUCCUCCGACAUGGACAAGCUCGAAGCAGAAUUACGGGCCCAUGAACGGAACUUGAUUGCAAUGGGUCCCCCUGGGUUUGCAAUCAAUAAUCGAAGGAAAAGGACUAGGUAUGAAGGAUCUAGCAAAACUGCUUCUUCAAGUACAAUUAUCAGACAUAAUCUUCUAUGUUCGAUUUUUAAUGGAAAGGGUCAUCAUGAAGAACGAUGUCCCAGGCUUCUAAACAAUUCAAACGAAGUUGCUUGAAACUUGGGAAAAUCUGCUUCCAGGAGAGUUACAGCUUAAAGUUGGCAAUGGCGAAUUAGUAUCGGUCAAAGCUAGAGGAAAAGCCCGCAUCAAGUUUCAACAAAGAUUUUUAAUUUUAGAAAAUGUUUUAUUUAUUCCAAACUUUAGUAGAAACUUGAUUAGUGUCUCAUGUUUGCAAACACAAUCUUAUAUAUUGAAUUUUUCGAGUACAAAUUGUUCAAUUUCUCGUAAUGGAUUUCAAAUAUGUGUUGCUAUAAUGGAACAAGGGCUUUAUGUUUUAAGACCGAGUACUCAAAUCUCACUAAAUAGUGAACUUUUCAGUGUAGCUAGACCUAGAAACCUAAAAACAAAAGAGAUUGAUAAUGAUGAUCAAACUUAUCUAUGGCAUUUACGUUUAGGUCAUAUAGGCUUUGAUAGACUCAAUAGGCUCACCAAAGACGGUCCAUUGAAAAAUGUCGUCUUAGGUGAACUGCCAGUAUGCGAGUCCUGCCUAGAAGGAAAAAUGACUAAACGUUCUUUCUCUGCAAAGGGAGAGCGUGCCAAAAUCCCUCUAGGGUUAGUGCAUUCUGAUGUCUGCGGACCUUUGAAUGUCAAAGCCCGAGGUGGUUAUGAGUAUUUUGUCACUUUCAUUGACGAUUUCUCUAGAUAUAGUUUUCUUUA